AUGAAACUUCCUGGUGUCAGUGGCUGUAAUCUUUGUGUGUUUUUACUUAGCACUUUAGUGCUUUGUUUGGCUUAUUUGCUGCAUCAUCUGGAGAAUUCUGAUCCAGGACCUCUGCCCAUUUCUAGGUAAAACCAUGGAGCUUCAGUGAUGUUUGGUUUGCUGCUUAUUCAUAUUGACUUGUGUCUAAACUCCUCUGAGAAAAUUAACUGGAAUGCAACUUUCUUGUUACUUAAUGAAUAGUAACCUUUCUCAGCAUGUCUCUGGAUAUAAAUAAUCUCCGAGAAAUGUACAAGACACUGAAUAAGUCUUGUUUCAUUCUUGGAGCUUCAGGGGAGACAGGGAAGGUGUUGCUGAAGGAGAUUGUUGAAAGCAAACUCUUUGCCAAAGUCACACUUAUUGGUCGCAGAAAACUAACCUUUGAGGACCCAUCCUACGAGAAUGUGGUCCAGGAGAUUGUUGAUUUUGAGAAGCUGGAUGAAUAUGCAGCUGCUUUCCAAGGCCAUGAUGUAGGGUUCUGCUGCUUGGGAACAACCCGGGCUAAGGCUGGCGUGGAAGGCUUCAUUCGAGUGGAUCACGAUUACGUAUUAAAGUCAGCUCAACUUGCCAAAGCUGGACGGUGCACUCACUUUAACUUGGAGUCUUCAAAAGGAGCUGACAAAGACAGUUCCAUUCUAUAUACAAAAAUUAAGGGUCAAGUGGAAGCUGAAAUUGAAGAGCUGGAUUUUGACAGAUACAGCAUUUUUCGUCCUGGAGUCCUGAUGUGUGACAGAGAAGAAUCAAGACCCAUGGAAUGGAUGACAAGAAAACUUCUUAUUCCUGUAGCGUAUAUGUUUCCAACUGCAAUAACAACCCCUAUGCCUGUGCUAGUGAAGGCCAUGAUGAAUAAUGUUGUACUGCCAGCUGACAAGAAAAUGGAAUUGUUUCAUAAUAAACAUAUCCAUGAGCUUAGUAAGCUUGGAGAAACUAAGGCCAAGUAGCAUUUUUCAAAGUUGACUUUCAAGUCCUCAGUUUACCUUGGCCUUCGGUUUCCUUUAGACCUUCUGACUGGGGUCUCCCUGAUUAUCUAUUAUCACAUUAAACAGUUAUUUUGAGGAUUGCUUUAAAAAGACACAUUUUGUUGAAGCUUUGAUAUGGUUUUCCUUAUUAAAGAUAUUCUUGCAAAUUGUCCUGAAAUGUGCAAGCUUCAACAAAUAGUAUCUUUCUUCAGCAAUAACAGCUCUCUCUUCAUGGUGCUGCAGGGGGCACAGUCUGUCUGCUUUUUCUUUUGUUGGGAGGCAUCUGGUUUCUGUUUGCUUGUGAUUGGUUGAAUUGAAAUUUGAUGAAGGUGGACCUCAAAUAAAACAUCUCCUAUACCAUGUUAUGAUCCCAGACUAGAUCACAAGGUUUAGGUUACAAUCUAGGGACCAGUAACUUUAUGUUAAAAUAGAGAAUGUGUUGGAUCCCAUAUACAGUACUUAGGCAGUAAAGCAACGAGAUUCCAAAGUUUUGAACAAACAGAAAAAAAAUUUAUAUCAGUAAUAUAAUCUAUAAUUUACAAUAUUUUAACAUCUGUAAUUACAGGAGAAAUCAGACAAACCAGUAUCUCUCACCCUACAGGUCAUAUCAGAUAGUAAAGGUGGUCAUGACAAGUUCAACACAUUUUUUUGGCCCAGACAUUAGGGACACUGUAGGUCAUCGAAUCUCUUUAAAACUUCACAAAGGAUUCCAAUUCUUCACUUUUGAAGAUUUGUCCUGAAACUCACUGGAAAACCAGACUGUCGUGAAAUGUCUCAUGGACUGCUCAUGUUGAGCUUCCUUUCUUGGCACUGUGGCUCCCUGGAUUUCUGAACUUGCACUCUGCUGCCUACUCAUUGGUAUAAUUUAGCUUGUCCAAAGAGGGCUAGUGUCACCAAACUGGCAAUGUCCCAAGCUGCACCAAGCAAAUGCUGCUUGUGGGUUUCCUUCGCCUCCACUCUUAGCUGCAUUGAACUGUUGACUGCUGGACAAUUCUUCUGAGUUGCACAGAUCCUAGAGCUUUUUCUGAGCACUAACCCAAAGCGCUUUGCUGCACGUUAUGGCUUCUCAGAGCCUGAAAUGUAUGGUCCCAUCGCAACUCCUUCUUAAGCCCAAGUACAUAGAAGCAGUGAACUUCCAUCCCCUUCUCAACCAUGCUAUUAACAAAAGCACUUUUCCUGUGGAAUACCUAACUCUUUCUAGCUGGCUGACUAAAAUUGAUUCUGACCCUUGAACUGUGUUGAGUGACCUAUUGAAAGAUUUGUAACAACCCUCACUCUUGUUCUUAGGUGGAAUUAAAUGUAGCAACCACUGGAACGGUUGAGUGUAAUAACCAGUGGAAUACCCCAUUCCCAGAACAUUACAAUAUUCACAGAUUACUAGUUUACACAAUACAGUUGGAAACAUAGAAAAAAUUUCAUCACAACAACCUUAUAAUCAGUUUAUUUUUUAUUACCUUAACCUUUGUUCUGCCUUGAUUUGUUUCCCACUCUGUUCAGAACUUUGGCUCUGAGUAGAUUUUGAUUUUUGUUUUCUUGUAUUAAUUAGCAAAAAAAAUUACAAUGGUGUAAUGAUUUUGUUUCAUUUUAUACAUCUAAUUAUCAGGGAUAAGCAUAUUGGAAACAGUGUGGUAUUGUUUCCAAUGCCAAAUUAGUGUUUUUCCCACAGGCCUUAAUAUGUAGCUGUCUCAUCCCUGAAAGUGAUUAAUGUCCACUUUGAUGAGUCACGCAUUACUCAGGUUUUAGAACUUUUUUUGACUUUGUCAUAAGUUGUCAGGACCGUACCAUGCCAGGCACACUACAAACUACUGACUGCUUCUAGGGCAGUACUGGUAGAUUAAAGAAACACAUUUUGAAUUUUAAAAUGUGCAAUAAUUCUUUAAUUGAGCCAAAGUGCGAAAUUAGAUCAAACUUGGCCUGCAAGUGUUUGUGGAGUUUUGACUGUGGUUCCUGAGGUGAUGUGAAUCCGGUUAAAACGAGAGAAAUGACACUAACCAAAUCUCUCACUCUCUCCAGAAACUAUCACCCAACACUUGUUUUGUAACAAUUGGUGCAAUAAAAUAUCUAGAAGCUAAUCUAGGAUUCUGUAAAUGGCUGUGAAAGCUCUUCUGUAUAAGUGUUGCCAAGUAUUAAAUAUUAAACAUGCUUUACCUGGUAGUUAUAGAAAUUACUGUUUUCUUAUUUUGCCUUGCAUUGUUGUAGCUUUGAGUUUAUUUUUAAAUGAUUAAUGUUUAGUUUAUGCAUGUGUAAUGAUUAGGCAAGGGAUGUCUUAAUGUUAUUUUCUGUUUAAUUGUGGUGAAUGUAAGACACCGUUAGCCUUUGUCUGUUGUUCUGCUCCUGGUGCUGGUGAGAUUGUCUAUAUGUCCCCAGGCUGACAAUAAACUCCGUGAUAGAGGAGACUUAGUUUUCAUGACCUGCUUUAAAUAUAAAAAUAUUUUGCGCGGAA